CACUCGCUGAACAGUUUCUACAAACUCGUAUGUGUGCGUCGUUUAGACAACCACUGUCAUAGAACCAGGAAGAAGGAAGGUGGGAUAGCCCCCCCAAAAAGAUACCAUCUCAAAUCAGUCGCAGAAUUUACUCUACAAAAUCAUGGGGCUCUGCUGGUGGACGAUUGAAGUGGUUGUCUUGACGACUGUUUUUAGUUCGCUUCUGCUAGUUCGAGCAGAUGAACACGACCACAAGUACACAGAUAAAGAGGAGGUGGUUCUAUGGAUGAAUACAGUGGGCCCUUAUCACAACCGACAGGAGACUUAUAAGUACUUCUCCUUACCGUUCUGCGUGGGCACCAAGAAAACUAUUAGUCACUAUCAUGAGACGUUGGGAGAAGCGCUGCAGGGGGUUGAAUUGGAGUUCAGCGGUCUGAACAUCAAGUUCAAAGAGGAGGUGAUGCAGACAACCUACUGUGACAUUGAACUUGACAAACCUAAAAGAGAUGCGUUUGUCUAUGCGAUCAAGAACCACUACUGGUACCAAAUGUACAUCGAUGAUCUUCCCAUCUGGGGAAUUGUUGGUGAAGCUGACGAGAAUGGUGAGGACUAUUAUCUCUGGACUUACAAAAAGCUGGAGAUUGGACAAAAUGGGAAUAGAAUUGUGGAUGUUAACCUGACCAGCGAGGGGAAGGUCAAGCUUGUGCCAAACACAAGAAUUCCCAUGUCAUACUCAGUGAAGUGGAAGAAAUCUGAUGUGAAAUUUGAAGAUAGAUUUGACAAGUACCUUGAUCCAUCCUUCUUUCAACACAGAAUUCACUGGUUCUCAAUAUUUAACUCUUUCAUGAUGGUGAUUUUCCUGGUUGGCCUUGUUUCAAUGAUCCUGAUGAGGACAUUAAGGAAAGACUACGCCAGAUACAGCAAAGAAGAGGAAAUGGAUGACAUGGAUCGUGAUCUUGGUGAUGAAUAUGGAUGGAAGCAGGUUCAUGGUGAUGUGUUCAGGCCGUCCAGCCAUCCGCUGAUCUUCUCCUCCCUCAUUGGCUCUGGCUGUCAGAUCUUCUCUGUUUCCCUCAUAGUCAUCAUUUUGGCUAUGAUUGAGGACUUGUAUACAGAGAGAGGGUCCAUGCUGAGUACAGCCAUAUUUGUUUAUGCUGCCACAUCUCCAGUCAACGGCUACUUUGGUGGAAGUCUAUAUGCAAAACAAGGAGGUAUGCAAACGAAUAUGUGUAACAUUUGCUAUAAGGAUAGCUCCAAAUAUCAUUUUAACAGUAUCGGUGAUCGGCCCAAAAAAAUCCUGAUCGGAGCACCCUUAAUAUGUAUACCCAUAACUAAAAACUGCCUCACAUCUUCCUUCAGGUACUUCAUCUUCACAUCUUUCUGGGCCUACAAGAUUUACUAUGUGUAUGGAUUUAUGAUGCUGGUGCUGGUGAUCCUGUGCAUUGUUACAGUCUGUGUUACCAUCGUCUGUACCUACUUCCUUCUCAAUGCAGAAGACUACAGAUGGCAGUGGACAAGCUUUCUCUCUGCAGCGUCAACAGCUGUUUACGUUUACAUGUACUCCUUCUACUACUAUUUCUUCAAAACAAAGAUGUAUGGCUUAUUUCAGACAUCAUUCUAUUUUGGCUACAUGGCUGUGUUCAGUACUGCUCUGGGAAUCAUGUGUGGUGCGGUGGGUUACAUGGGAACAAGUGCCUUUGUGAGAAAGAUCUACACAAAUGUGAAAAUCGACUAGAAACUGCAGCGACGCUGCGGAACAGCCGACACUUCCUCCCGAUCGAAGCGGGCACAAAGUCUCCAUUUAUUUUGCAAGAAGAGAUUGUGGUAUCUUGUACAAAAUCUAGUUUUCCAUUUUCUCAAAGAAUUAAAAGUUGCAGCAUGAUGCGUACACAAGGGUAAAAUGAGAGGUGUAAUAAACUUUUUAUUUUUUUGUUUUAUCUGCUUUUCGUUUUUCCCUCCAGAGGAAAUGCAGGCAGUAAAUGCAGAUAAAAGA